AUGGCGCGAACUAAACAAAAGGCUCCGUUACAAAAAGCGCCGUCUUCAAACGUUAUGGAACAAUUAAAUGGCCAUUCCAAAGCCGGCGCAAAUGGAAGCGCAUCUUCAAAACCAGAAGUAUCCCGAACAGAAGACAGCAGCCCGGGUUUUCUUCAGUUGGCUACUUGCGUCGCGGGUAUAUAUGCUUCAUUUCUGCUAUGGGGAGUCUUGCAGGAGGCUAUCACGACUACUUCAUAUCCCGUCUCCGCAGUCGAGUCGGACUCCCCCACCGAACGCUUUACCUUCUCAAUCGUCCUCAAUACUAUUCAGUCUUGUUUCGCGGCGGUGACGGGCUCUUUGUACUUGUAUUUCUCAGCACCCAAAGGGCAGAAAGUGCCGUCAAUCUUCCCGACCCAGAAGAUAUUGUUUCCUCUGAUUCUCGUCAGCAUUUCGUCUUCGCUGGCCUCUCCCUUUGGCUACGCCGGCUUGCAGCAUAUUGACUACCUGACAUUCAUACUCGCCAAGUCAUGCAAACUACUUCCCGUAAUGCUCCUCAACUUAACUAUCUUCCGAAAGCGGUAUCCUCUGUACAAAUAUGCUGUGGUCAUGCUGGUGACACUCGGUGUCGCGACUUUUACUCUGUACCAUCCGGGGACUUCGAAGAAGAUGGCCGCAUCGACGCACAGUGGCCAGACACUCUACGGAUUGCUCCUUCUGUUCAUUAAUUUGCUUCUCGAUGGCCUUACCAACGCUACACAGGAUCACGUCUUCACAUCCCCAAAUCUCUACACCCGCUAUACGGGACCGCAGAUGAUGGUUGCGCAGAACUUCCUCGCAACUGUGCUGACGACGUUAUAUCUACUCGUCACGCCGUACCUGACUAAUGAAUCACCCAUCGUAUCAUUGCUACCAUUCCAGAUUCCACCUUCAGCUGGCUUGGAAUUAUCGUCAGCUAUCACUUUUCUGCAACGUCACCCGGAGGCGCUCAAGCAUGUGCUAGGCUUUGCUGCAUGCGGCGCAAUUGGCCAGGUGUUUAUAUACUAUACUCUAUCCAAGUUCUCGUCCUUGCUUCUAGUGACUGUGACGGUUACCAGGAAGAUGCUCAGCAUGAUCAUUAGCGUGUUCUGGUUUGGCCAUUCUCUGACACACGGGCAAUGGCUGGGUGUGUUGCUUGUCUUUGGAGGUGUGGGUGCCGAGGGUAUCGUGCAAAGACGAGAAAAGAAAGCAAAGGAGGCUGCCAAGGCGAAGAAGAAACUCUGA